AAGAAGAAUCAUGCAUUGAUUUUAAACAAGUGCUUUAAAUUAGAGUUAAGAAAAACUCUCAUAGUGUUAGUGGGGCUGCAAGUUUACCGGUGACUGAAACCUUAAUCCAAUCACAUCCUUACACGUCAGACUCCCCGUAUCGUUAUUCCACGUGUCCCCCCCCCUUCUCACCGACGCCGUCUCCUUUUCCGUUAACUCCCCCCGAACAAAGAUCAUUAUGCUACAAACCCUAACCCUAUCUCCUUCUCACGAUGGCCGACGACGAAGACCAGAUCCGAUCUCACUCCGAUUCACCCGAUCCUUCUUCUUCGCCGCCGCCGCCGUCCGGAAAAGUCACGGUUACGGUUGCUUUCCCAGGUCCGCCUCAAAAAACUCCCGACGCGUCGCCUCUUGCGCUGCUUCCGAUCAAAUCCAGCGGCGGCGGAGGGAGGGAGGAUUGCUGGAGCGAGAAGGCUACGGGCGUUCUGAUCGAUGCGUGGGGGGAGAUUCACAUGGAGCUGAGCAGAGGGAACCUGAAGCAGAAGCACUGGGAGAAGGUGGCGGAGACGGUGAGAAGCAAGGAGGAGGAUAACGGUAAGACUCCCAAGACGGAUGUACAGUGCAAGAACAGGAUCGAUACGGUUAAGAAGAAGUAUAAGCAAGAGAAGUUACGAAGUGGACGGAGCAGCAGCUGGGUGUUCUUCGAUAAGCUUGACCGUUUGAUUGGUUCAACGGCCAAGAUCUCACCUGCACCUCCUCCUAGUGGACUAGGAGGAGGAGGAGGGUUGCAUAAUAUUCCCAUGGGUAUUCCCAUGGGCAGAGGUUUGAAUCUUUACCAUCAGCAAGGUAAGGCUGAAACGCCGCGUUUUGGAGUUAAUGCUAGUGAGUCUAAGCGGUGGCCUUUGAGGAGGAAGAGGAAUGUGUCUGAUUCACAUUCUGAGGACUCUGGUGGGGACGACAGUCUACCUCCUCCUCCUCCUCGACAGAGGAAGCAAGGAGGAGGAAACAAGUGGAGGGAGGUGAGUAGUGCCAUCAUGAGAUUUGGUGAAGCUUACGAGCAAAUAGAGAAUGCGAAGCUGCAGCAGGUGGUUGAGAUGGAGAAAGAGAGGUUGAGGUUUUUAAAAGAGUUGGAGUCGCAGAGGAUGCACUUCUUUGUGAAGUUUCAGUUUGAGUUGUCGCAGCAAAGGGAGGAGAAUGGGAAACACUAGUAAUAAUAACAAAGACAACUUCAAUGAUAACUAGAGUUUUAGUGGUUUCAGGUCGUAAUCUACAUAUUUUAUUAGAAUUUGAGCUUUCAAAUUGUUAGAAAAGAAGAUACCUUCUUCAUGAGUGUGUAUUAAUAUUUUACCAAAUCUUUUCUUCUUUUGUUUGCCAA